CCGGGGCCAGAGUCCGCGGCCAUGGCGUCACCGGAGGCCGGCGGGAGCAGCUGCCGGAUGAGCUGCCAGGGCUGCGCCGACGCUGUGCGGGCAGCGCUGGAGGCGGCUCCGGAGGUGAAGCUGCUGGAGCUGCGGCCCCAGGAGCAGUCGGUGCUGGUGGAGACCACGGCGGCGGCCGAGCGGGUGCGGGAGCUGCUGGAGAGUUCGGGGUGCAGGGCCGUGCUCAAGGGCAUGGGGGGCUCCUCCGAAGCUCCCCCCGGGGGGGCGGCGGUGGCGGCGCUGGGGGGUCCCGGGGGGGUCCGGGGGCUGCUCCGCUUCCUGCAGCUCUCCCCCGGCUGCUGCCUCGUGGACGGCGCCGUGUCCGGGCUCCCCCCCGGCCCCCACGGGCUCCACAUCCACGAAUUCGGGGACCUCUCGGACCCCUGUAACAGGUGAGAGGGGCGGGGGGGUCUGAAAGGGGGGGUUUUGGGGGGCUCCUGACGCCCCCUGCCCCCCCAGCACGCCGGGGACCUGGGGAACAUCUGGGCGGACGCCGAGGGCCGGGCGCAGUUCCGAAUCGAGGACCCGAGGCUGAAGGUCUGGGACAUCAUCGGCCGCUCCGUGGUGGUGGCUGAGGGCGAGGACGAUCUGGGCCGGGGGUCCCACCCGCUGUCCCGUGUCACCGGCAACUCGGGCCCGGGGCUGGCCUGUGGCGUGGUGGCUCGCGCGGCUGGGCUCUUCCAGAACCCCAAACGCGUCUGUUCCUGCGACGGCGUCACCCUCUGGGAGGAGCGCGACCGCAGCCGCGGGGCUCCCCCGGGGACCCCCGCCAUGGAGACCCCCAGCCCCCACCUGUAGGAGCCCCCCGGGACCGAAUAAAGAGUUGGAGCCCCCUCGCUCGA